CCCUGCGUCUGUACCACUAUAGCUUGACGCCCGUAUCUUGUCCUAUCCCGUAUACUACCACUCGACGACGCCCUAUACACGACCCUGCUCGCUUUUCAUCCACCCACUUUACCCUACCCUACCGACAUAUCACCACUACCGCUGUCGCCGCAACCCCUGCCGACAAUUCCUUGUUCCUCACCCUUGCUCUGUACUGCCAUCGCUCUUCUGUUUUGUACGCAGUCUUCGGAUUGGUAAUUUCUCCGUCUCCUCUCUAGACCACCACUCACCCCAUCCCACUCCUCACUAACCAUCCCGCGAUCUCCUACUAAACAUGUCCGAGCCUCCCGAGCUCCGGAUCGACACUUCGCUCGUUCGCGCGUCAGGUCCUUCGUCCUCCAAAUCCCCCCGCGAGGAAUCAUCAGGACCCUACCUCUCGUCCAACGCACGGCAACCGCACUAUCUCUCCGCUCCUUCAAACAACGACUCCAACAUAUCCCUCAUCUCCCCCACGCCCUCUUCAGCCCACAAUUCCUCGACCUCGUCCCUCAACCUCGUUACUCCAGGUACGACGGCUACCUCGGAUACUACCGCCGUCAACGAAUCGGCUUCCUCCUCCUCUAAACUCUCCGAGGACACAAAACCGGAGUACGUCCUCGCCAUGCACGAUUUCGAGCCGCAGCACAAGAACGCGACCUGUCUCGCCUUCCGCGCCGGUCAGGUCAUCCACGUCCUCAAUCGCGAUCCCAGCGGCUGGUGGGAUGGCGAACUUGAAGGGAAGAGAGGAUGGUUCCCUUCCAAUUACGUGAACGGAGAUCUGGGGCUCAUCGCACAGGACGUGAUGCCCGUCCAACCGCCCCUUCCAGGUCAAGGGCACACCAAGACGAAAUCGACGACCUCAGUCUCCUCAUACAUGAGCACCCUCUCCGCUUCCCGCCAACAAUCACAAUCACAAGCCACCUUCUCCCGGAACGACUACUGUCCCCCGCUCAUGGUCCCCCUCCUCCACGCGCUCUCCCUCCUCCAAAACGCCGUGCGCUCGAACCGAAUAGCGCACUUUCAGCCCUCAAUCGCCUGUAUCAUCUCCUGCGUCCGCUCCGUCCUCGCCGCGGCCGAAUGUCUCUCCCGGGACGCGCCCUUGCUCAAACGACACCCCUCCCUCGCGCAGGAACGACGUCGGGUGCUAUCCGAGCUCGCUGCUAUCGUCACGCAGGCGAAGAAAGCGUCGGCGGAGGAUGUGGACGACGAGGACGAGAGAGACGCGGAGGUGGAGAAGAUGGUUAGGUUGGGGGGACAGGUGUUUUCGCGCGUGAGGAGGUUCUUGGCGAUUGCGGUACAAUGUGGAUUGGAGCUUCCCGAGAGAUCUCCGGAUGAGGAAGCUGAGGAGGAGGAGGCGGAAGGAGGAGGGAGGGCAGCGUUUCAGCCUAGUUCGGGAACGAUGAGUGACUCGACGACGGCGUCGAAGACUCAUACGAAGACGAAGGUGGCGAAGACGAGGAGACAUCAGUCUACGGCUACGACGCCUGUGUCUGCGAACGAAGAGGAGGAGACUACCCGGCCUGCUUCGUGGCGGCCGAGUCAGAACGGGGCGUCGCAGCGGACGAGGAUGAGGGCUCGAGACAGGCCAGGGACGCCCGGGUCGCCAGGGUCGAAGAAGCUGAAAGCGAAGAGCGUGGGCGAUCUGCGCACACAGCGUAAAUCCAUGAUGGACUCCGACACCGAACCCGUCCCCGCCCUCCCGGUGAGCAAGAUCCAACAACUCAAGGACAUGCCCAUGCCUGUGGUAAGUCGUGUCGGAGUGAGCGAGAUCCAAAUCAACGGACACAAGCACACGUUCUCCGUCUCCUCCAUCUCCUCAUCCUCAUCCUUCUCCUCCGCCGACUCCACCUCCAACCCACCCUCCGUACCUCCCUUCCCCUCCGGCCCUUCGAGCUACGAACAGCUCACCGAAGCCCUCCGACACACGCACGACCAAUACCUCUCCACCAUCGCCGCCUUCAUCGGCCACGCGCACUCGCACUCCCGGAGCUCGCACGCGAGCAGCACGGGACAUAUGUACGAGCUCGUGCGCGAGAUCGUCGAGAUGGUGUGUAAGUUGUUGACCAUCGUCGAGGCGGUCCUAAGACAUCCUGGGAUCGCACCACAGAAGAUGGGGAAGUUGAGGGCGGCGAAGGAGGGGCUUUAUAGUGUUACGAGCGGGCUCGCUGAAUCCGUCCGAAUGCUCACUUCCUCUGUCUCUUCUUCUUCGGGUUCCGGGUCAGCGGUGCAGAUGAGCGAGGAGCAGGAAAAGGCGGCCCUGAUCCGCUCGGCGACGAAUGCUCUGAAAGCAGGCGCGGACUGCUCGGCGGCGGUGAAGAUGUGUUUGAAUAGGACGGUGGGCGAGGGACCGUUCAUUAUCGAGUUGCCGAAGGUGGUCGUUCAGCAGGGACAGCAGUAUCAGUAUCAGCAACAACGGUAUGAGGGAGAUUAUUCGCCGUUGAAUGGAAAGGCGAUGGCGAGGGUGUCUGCAAGGUUUCCCCCGAAUCCGAAUCGGAACACGAAUUCGAAUCUGGUGCAGAGUCAGAGUCCGAGACCGGUGUUGCAGAAGUCGGCGAGCGCGAUGAGUCUCGCGUCGCCGUCUGGGGAUGCGGCGGACGAUGAGGAGAGAGAGCAGGAGAGGAUGAAGGUGGGCAUGCGGGACAGAGAAAGGGAGAGGGAGAGAGCAGAGGUGGAGGACCGCGAUCUGACGAUUCAUCCUGGCCAUGGAUUGCCGGUGCGGAUGUCGAUAGAGACCGCACGUCGGUUCUCGUCGAGGACGGUCACGCAGUCAUCGGCAGCAGAUCCUCAGUACCCUUCCUCACCGAUCUCACCGACGACGAGGUCGGUGUUCACCCCCCCUUCUCCGACGGACCUCAGGCCACACAAUGCACGCGGGAUGUCGACCUCGCUGCCACGGACACAGGAGGAAGAAGCUACGGGCUGGGACGAGGCGACUCACGAGCGACAAAAUUCGCUGGAGGCGAAGAUCCUGAAUGGGGACUUGCCUACGAUCCCGAACGCGACAAUGGCGAUGGCGAUGCCCGAGCUCAGGGAGCCCCCACCGACACCUUCACAAGCACAAGCGCAAGCGUAUCCAGAUUCAGCACCGUCCCAGUCCCACCAAUCCUCAGCGGGUUCAGUCACGACCGCGCGUCCCAGUCUAGAGGCGGACCUGGAGAACCACGUAGGCGCGAACGCGAAUGCGAACUGGAUGAUCGCGCACGAUUAUUCGCUCGAAGACGUCGCGUACAAUAACGAGGGCGUCCUCGUUGGGGCCACGCUCGCCGCGCUCGUGGAGAAGAUGACGCCACACGCGUCCAUCGUCGAUCCCGCCUUUUCGUCCGUCUUCUUCCUCACGUUCAGACUGUUCGCUACCCCGCUCGAACUCACGGAGGCGAUCAUCAAUCGGUACAAUCUCCUCCCGCCGUCGAAUCUUAUGGGCGAGAGCGUGUAUCUGUGGCAGCAGCAGAAGGGCAUCCCCGUACGCUUGCGCGUAUCGAAUUUCAUCAGGAUGUGGCUGGAGUCGUAUUGGAGGCCUGCGAGCGACGAUUCUGUCUUGCCCGUUCUGAGAGACUUCAACAGGGAUGCACUGGCGGCGAUGUUCCCCGGACCUUCCCAGAGAAUCCACGAAACGAUCACGCUCAGGAUGGAACACGCCGAAGCAUCGUCUUCCUCCUCAGCCCUUUAUGACCCCAACUCUCUAUCGACCCCAAGCCCCCGAAUGGACCGCAUCCGCGACGCAGGGAUGGCUCUUAACCCACCCACGCCCACCUCCGCGCUCGGACACUCGCCAUCUGAAAUCCCACGGCCGGUCAUGACGAAGACACUGCUCUCCCAGCUCCGGAACAAAUCCUUCGGUUCGAUCUAUAUCACCGAUUUCGACAGCCUCGAGCUCGCGAGGCAGAUGACGAUCAUGGAGUGUAAUCUCUAUUGUGUGAUCUCGCCCGAGGAGGUGUUGGAGAGCGGGAGCGGACAGGAUAAAGUCGGUGCGAGGCCGCCGGUGAAUGUGAGGGCGGUGUCGAGUCUGAGUACGGUCAUUACGGGCUGGGUCGCGGAGAGUAUUUUGAAUGAGGCGGAUGCGAAGAAGAGGACGGCGUUGGUGAAGUUCUUCAUCAAGGUGGCGGAUCGAUGCACGAUGUUGAAUAACUUCAGCACUUCGAGGUCAAUCCUCGCCGCCUUGGACUCUUCCACGAUCUCCCGGCUGCAUCAAACCUGGGCCGGCGUCCCCCAAAAACAAAAGCUCCAACUAGAUUCGAUCCGGAAACUCGCAGACCACGCACGGAAUUACCGCGAGUAUCGCACCCGACUCCGCAACACCGCCCCUCCCGCCGUUCCUUUCCUCGGUCUCUACCUCACCGACGUCACGUUCUGCCGCGAGGGAAACCCUUCGCAUCGGGCGUCGCCUCUGGCUGCGGAUAAGAAGUUGUUGAAUUUUAAUAAGUAUCAUAAGAUGGCGAGGAUCGUGCAGGAUAUGCAACGCUUCCAGGUUCCGUAUAACCUGAAGGAGAUCGGCGAGGUACAGGCGUACUUAAACCAAGCGUUCGAGAACGCGAAGCAUCAUGGCGAUCUGCAGGACCUUUACCGUCGCAGCUUGCUCGUCGAGCCCAAAAUGCCAGCCGAUACGCCGCCGCCACAGACGGGCGACGUGACGAAGCUCUUCAACUGGACCGUCCGUGAUCGCUCGGGUUCGCAUCCCACCACGUCUGCUGCAUGAUUCAGAUACCAAGACCGGCCUGCGAUUGUUACUUCCCUCUCCAUCCUACUCUGGCCUUUUGCUAGCGCCCUCCGUGUUUAUUCCUCUCGUUAUUGCUGUGCUUUUGGUGUUGUGUGUGUUUCGUUUGCUGUGUGACCAGCUAUCCCAAUUCGACCUUUCGAUAUUCAACCCUUCGACAUUCCACCUUUCGACCUUCUUACACCUCUUUUGCUUUCGCGUUCGGUGUGUGACCUAUGGUUUUGUUUUUGUUUUUCUUUCAUCUUCGACCGCCACACUUUUUCACCUGGGACAAAUCAUCUUUGGAAUUUUAUUUGGACAUAUUUAUCCUAUAUCCCUUCGUUUGUUCAUCUAUUACUAUCCUUAAGUAUCUCUUUCUUUCCUUUCUGUUCUUUUCCUUUUCACCGUGUCUAUCUUUUCGCGUCUGCCUCUUAUCAUUUUUCUAUCUCGUCUCGUCUCGUCUCGUUUAUCUCAUCCGGUUCUCGGGUCCCCCGUCGUCAGUUUCUCUUUUCUCUCUUCCUUUCCUCUUUCCUUUUUUCUCUAUUUCAUGCUAUCAUCACAUCAGACAUCCAAUCCAGACAAACUAAGCCCAUCAGGCGUCCACGCAGACACGUAUAUAUACAUCUCCUAUCUCAUAAGUACAAGUACAAGUACAUCACCCGCUUACACUUAGCUACUUAGUUGCAUUUUCUCUAUCCUCCCCAUCCCCCCAUACCCGCC